AUGGCUGAAAACAACACCCCCUUCGUCUCUGAGGACUGGCACGAGGAGUUCGAUAACCUCAACACCUUCAGACGGGGUGUAGCAUCUGCCACUUCCAGCGUCUACGGCAAUGACGACUCCAUCAGCGACGACUCCAGCGACUACGCAAGUGAUGACUCUCGCAAUGACGACUAUGCUGGCGAUCACUCCAGCACCCACGACCUCACCAUCCACAAUUUGGGCCUUGCUGGCUCAAACAGCGGCCCCAGCAGCGGCCCCAGCAGCCGCUAUCUCAGUGAAACCAACUCUGUCGCUGAUUCGGAGACAACCAACGGACAAAGCAUCGACAAUGCUGCCCUCCUGGGAGAUUUCCCAUUUCUUCCAGGCUUUCCAGAGGAGUUUACCAAUCUCUUCACGAUUGUUAACCGCGAAUCCGUUCCAAGCGCUCUGAGCGUCGACUUGGUGGCAGAACUCGGAAUCAUUCUGGUGUUGCCUCCUCGAUUCGUCCGACCAGGCAUGAUCACUCGACCCUAUGACGCCACCCAAUCGCCCGGAGAAGGUCUGCGUCUCUCCAUGGCCUUUGCUCCUGACGGAAGAAUCACCGGAGAGCUGGCCGAUGCCGCAUUCGCCAUUGAGAUUCGAGAUCUCGACAGGUAUCAGGGCAGCAUUGGUGAUGGACGACGGUGGGAGACUGUGAGGCACAUGCUCGAGGAGAUGCGCGCGUCGCUGUAUCCCUCGCGUGAGUCUGAUCAGUGA